UAGCCUAGGGCGAAGCGAAGUAGCUGUGACGCAAAUCAAUAUCGACGUUUCGACUCAACGUUCGAUUCAGUUAAAUCUGAUUGCAAGUAUCAAAUCAAGACUAGUACAGAAUCACCUGCAUUCCUUGUCGUCCUAGCCAGAACAGUCACAAUGGUUUACUAGCGUGCUGUCCAGUUCAUCCUGCUUUCUGUGAAUGACUGGCUAUUAUAGAAUGAACUAUAACAUAAUUCCUUAGAACUACCCAUCCACACAAUUUCCAAACUGUUCAAAAUUGUUCAUUUUCAAACCCUGCCUACUGGUAUUAUGAUGAGUUUUGUAUCGAUUCCGGUUAUCAAAAUGGCGGAUUUCACAGCUGUUGCUUUUCGACCUUUGUUGUGUAGGAACUACACCACAAAUCUUGCAGUGCCUAAAACUGUGUGUCUUUAUAAAGUAAGACGAAAUGUCCCUUCAGGCUGUGUAUACAAUCCUUCCUGUACAUUUUGGAGGAUGAACGAUAAAGGAACUCAUUCUGAAUCUUCAACACCAGCAGUUGUGUCCAUAAGUAGACAUUUCUUUUCUUCAUGGUCAAACAGAGACAGAGUAUUGAAAGAGAUUUGGAUUCACAAAUGGCCAGUGUUAGUGCAACUCAGCUGUUGUAACUACAGUGUCAGGCGGAAGGAUUACAAGUUUCCCGAGCUGAGGCCAGAGGAUUUGGAGGAAAAUUUUGUUCGGGGCAGCGGACCAGGUGGUCAAGCAGUCAACCAGACAGCAAAUUGUGUUGUGCUCAAACACAUCCCAACUGGAAUUGUUGUCAAAUGCCAGGCUACUCGUUCACUACAGGAGAACAGGAAACAAGCGAAAAAGUUAUUGGAGGAGAAACUGGACCUUGAGAUGCAUGGAGAAGACAGCUAUUUGGGUCAGCUGAAACAGGACAAGAUGGAAGGAAAGAUAGAGAAAAAGAAAAGAGCAAGAGCCAAAUUAGCGUUGAAGAAAGCUUUUAAAGACAGGGAGGGUAUUGAGUAGAGUAAUAAAGUUCCUUUUGUUAUCAGUA